GGCAUGUUUUUAGUGUUUUUAUUCAUGUUUUAAGUUAUAUUGUUUAAAUGUGGUGUUGGAUUAACAUGCACGACACUUUGCCAAAUAAUAAAUUGUAUUGUAGAGUUAGUUUUCUUGCAUUUCUACAUAUAAUGUCCUGUGGACAGAAAUGACACAGAUUUGGUGGAAAGGUCCUCAAACAUUUUAAUCAAGCAGAAUAAGAGCCUGUGUUUUCAAUUUCUCUUGUGUAAUAUAUCCUAAGAUCAUGAAUUAUUACUGUAUAGGUGAAGCUGGUGGAGACAGAGCUGUUUUAUAUUACCUUUACCUGCUCGGUGUCAUCUUUCAGUUGAUCAGCAUGCACAGUAGUUCACACACCUGCGUUAAAUGAUAGAAAACAGAACCAGACGAGCACCUUUCAUUUACAGAGUACGACAAAAUAUAUGUAGAGAAAGAAACAUCCUGAGAUACAUCAUGAAGGUAAGACAGACUACUUUCAGUGAUCAUUUCCAUCUAAUGUCCUCUUUAUGUGAACACAUAUGCAUGCUUGAAUUUAAAGCAACUUACAAACACAUAAAAUUGUUCUUCCUAUUAGUGUAUCAAUAUCAGAUGUACUAUAAAAAUAUAUUUUUUUGCUUUCUUAGAUCUGCAUGUUCAGGCUGCAAACUCAUCAGUGGUGCUUUCUCUUAUGCAACGUUGUCUUAUUUCACGCCCUGCUGUUUGGCGGUGACAUUGUCGAGGAGUUUCUCCUUCAGUCAUCUCCAGCUGCCUACACCGACCGAUUUGUGCUCGAUAUUCGAGAACGGGCACGCAAACUGGACCUGACUGAAACCAGGCUGAACACUUCACAGCUCUAUCCUAUUAACAUUGAACCUUGCCCUGACCACCAGGACCUCCUCAUCCUCACGGUGGUCCUCAGUUCCCCAGGAAACUUCAGCCAGAGGGAGGCGGUGCGAAACUCUUGGGCCAAUCAGACCACAGUGCAGUACGUUGCCGUGCGGACAUUGUUCUUCUUGGACUCUUCCACGUUAGGGGCGGAGCUUCAGGCAAUGAGGGAGGAGUCUGCACGCUACGGCGACCUUGUACAGUUUGAGGGAGGGGUUUCAAAUGGAGAGCUGGAGCGAAUAAAAAUGGCACUUCGCUGGAUUCUGCUGUUUUGUCCUCAAGCUCGAUUUGUUGUGUUUUCUGAAGAUUCGGUGUAUUUAAACAUACCUGCGCUUGCAUCGUACCUGCUGGGGCUGAAAUCGAACCCCGACGACCUUUACCUGGGGAGGGUCAUCCAUCGGGCCGCACCUGAGAGAGACCCGGGCAGAACGCAUUACUUGCCCUAUCAUGUGUACCCUGAUAAGUAUCUUCCAGAGUACUGCUCAAGCCCCGCCUUCCUCCUGUCACAGGACGUCGUGAGAAAAGUUUACGUUGCUGCACAGAACGUCGCUCUGCCCCUCCCACCUGACAUUCUGAUUGGCCUGUGUGCAAGACGGGCAGGCGUGGUGGCAACUCACAACUCUCGAUUUUCCGGCGACAGACACAUUCGCUAUAACCCCUGCUGUUAUAACUUUCUAUUUAGCUCUGCAGAAGUGGGUGGGAGACUGAUGGGUGUGGCUUGGAGAGAUUUAGGGGCGGGGAAUGGGAGGCGCUGUGGCAUAUUGGAGACAUAUUAUAGUUUGGUCGCAUGUAAAACGAUGACCUACCUGGACAAACUUUCCUUUCUGAGUAAUGAUAACACCCAGGGCUAAAAUAGUGUCGGUGUGUUUUUCAUAAAUUACAAGGUCUGUAUAUUUACUGUAUAAAUAGUGUAAUUAUUCAGUUUAUCUAUAUCAAUUUAGUGAUAUUAAAUAUACAGUCUGUAGUAGUACAGAAUUGUAAUGAUAUUUAUUUAAUCUGUGUCAUAACUACAACAGUGUUACACGUUUGAACAAUGUAAUAUUUUUCCAUAAUUAAUAAUAAAUAAACACACUUAUAGAGAUGUGGACAGAUCUCACUUUGCUGUUUUCCUCCAUAACAUGUUAGUAAAGCCACAAUUGCAAAAUCUUUUAUAAGCAAAACAACUCCAAAUUUUAUAAUUGCGUCCUAAUUCAUUUCUGCUGUUGACAGGGCUGUAAAAGACACAGCAGGUGAAAUUGGCUAAUGAUACCUGACGGGAAAUAGGGACAUUUUAAGCAGGGCUUUCGAAAAAAAUGUUAAUUGAAUGUCAUGUGCUUGUCUGCAUUACUCAUGCUUUCAAGAGUUUCGUACAUUGAGUCUUUUCUGGUGUGUUUGGCCAUCUAGUGUUGUUACAGACAAACUGCUCUCUCACAACACCUUGACUGAAAUACAAUAAAUAAAUUAUUUUUUAAAAAACUGUGAAUUUAAGGAACACUACCGGUCAAAAGUUAAGGAAACACUCAUUCUUUAUAUUUUUCCACAUUAUGGAAUUAUAAUAAAUGCAUCAAAACUAUGUUAUGUUGUAACUAUAGACCUCCAAAAUA